AUGUCCUCGCUGCGCAAGUGGUUCUCGCAGCCCGUCUCAGUCCUCUGGCGCACCGCCCUCGUACGCCUGCCCCGCGCCGUACCCAUCUCGACGCUCAAGUACACCAGCCCAGAGGGCCCCCACCCGUUCAUCUACAACCUCCCCUCCCGCAGCCCGCGAGAGUACUCGAUCCCGCUCUACAUCUUCAUUCCGACCUCCAUCAUCGACCGGUCGCCUGCGGACGACGCGCCCGUACCCGUCCUGGUCGACUUCCACGGCGGCGGCUUCUACCUCGGCAGCUGCCUCGAGCAGGCUCCCUUCUGCGCCCAGCUCGCCCGACAGAUGGACUGCGUCGUUAUCAGCGUCGACUACCGCAUGGGCCCCUUCCACCGCUUCCCCGCCGCCAUCGAGGACGGAGAAGACGUCCUCAAGGCGCUCCUCGAUCAAGACGCAAACGGUUACGCCGAGCUCCGCAGCGUCAUCGCCAUGCGCAUCGGACGUGCAAGGGCAGAGGGCAGGCAGAAGAUGGAGCAGGAGGCCCAAAAGCAGGCCGAGCAGCUCGCCGAGGGCAAGAUCGAGCAGGUCGUCGCACCCGCAAAAGACCCAAACCAGGCCCAGCCCGAGUCCGGGUCCGGGUCCGCGGACGACGCCGUCCAAGACGUCCGCUUCGACUUUGACCGGAAGCGCGUGGCCAUCUCGGGCUUCUCGUCGGGCGGCAACCUCGCCCUCAACCUGGCGCUCCACCUCGAGCCCCCGGAGCUCGACCGGCCCUGGCCCACCGUGUUUGGCAAGGACUACGAGGCGCCCAUCUCGGUGCUCCUCUUCUACCCCUCGCUCGAUCUCCGCCAGCUGCCGUCGGAGCGCACCAAGCCCGAAAACAUGCCCGUCGGCUCCACCUUCUGGGGCCAGGUCUCGGACCUGCUCGCCCCCACGUACGUGCCGCGCGACGAGGCGCACCACCCGCGCGCCUCGCCCGGCCUGGCCUCGAUCGACGCCAUCCACCCGCAGGCCAAGAUCUUUCUCGUCCUCGCCGAGCUCGACAGCCUGUCGGAGCAGUCCAAGGCGUGGGUGGCCAAGAUCGAGGACCACAAAAACAAGACCGACGACGUCGUCAUCGAGGAGGUCAAGGGCGUCAAGCACGGCUGGACCCAGAUGCCCAACAGCUGGCUCACGGCCGAGGAGCGCCUGCUCAAGCAGGCUUGCUUUGAAAAGGCCCGCGCCUUUACGGAGUGGGCCUGGGGCGGGUCACGGCCGGGCGAGGGGAGGCCAGUCUCGGGCGUGUCGCAUCCGCCAACGCGGACACCGGCGCCGCAGCCGGGCCAGGGCGAGGGCGGCGGAGACAAGAUCGACCUGGGCAGCGCGUCGCUCGAGGAGCGGUGA